CACUAUCCACAACUAAAGAUAUUUAUUUAAUAAAAUGCAGCCUCCAAGAGAAAAAGAUCCCACCACUACUAAACUUCCAUCUUAUUUAAUUUUCGUUCAUUUGUUGGAACCUGAAAGCAUUAAUUAACCUAAGACUUGACCCGUAUGGAGUCGCCAACAGAUGCAGAAUUUGUCAACUUUGGGAAGUCUAUCAUCGUUCCCAGUGUUCAAGAGUUAGCUAAGGACCCCAUCGCCAAAAUCCCACCUAGAUAUCUCCGCCCUCUUCAAGGACAACCUCACUCCAUCUCACCCAAUCAUCACCUUCCUUCUGUCCCCAUCAUCGAUCUUCAGAAACUUGCUGCUGGGGAUUUCGUUGACUCUGAACUUCAAAGAUUGCACUCUGCUUGUAAGGAAUGGGGGUUCUUCCAGGUAGUGAACCAUAGUGUUAGUAUAUCAUUGUUGGAGGAUUUCAAGUUGGAGAUUGGAAAUUUCUUCAAACUACCUCAUGAAGAUAAGAAGCUUCUUUGGCAAAAACCAGAUAACCAUGAAGGGUUUGGUCAAUUGUUUGUAGUUUCAGAAGAUCAGAAGCUAGAUUGGUCAGAUAUGUUUUAUAUCACCACACUGCCACACAAUCUUAGGAACAUUGAACUAUUUGAAAAGCUCCCCCUUAAGUUAAGGCAGGCCAUGGAAGUGUAUUCUACUGAAGUGAAAAAUCUAGCAUUGAGGAUUUUAGAUUACAUGGCUAGGGCCUUAAAUAUGGGCACCGAAGAAAUGAGAGAGCUUUUCAAUGAUGGGAUUCAAUCAAUGAGAAUAAAUUACUAUCCACCAUGCCCUGAACCUGAUAUGACCAUUGGUUUCAGUCCUCAUUCUGAUGCUGAUGCUUUGACGAUUCUCUUUCAGCUCAGUGAAACGGAAGGCCUUCAAGUCCGAAAAGAUGGAAAAUGGGUUUCCAUUAAGCCACUUCCCAAUGCUUUAGUAGUUAACAUUGGAGACAUCAUGGAGAUUUUCAGCAAUGGGAUAUAUCGUAGCAUUGAGCAUAGAGCAGUUGUAAACUCAACCAAAGAGAGGCUAUCAAUAGCAACUUUUUAUAGCUCCAAGUUAGACUCGGAAUUAGGCCCGGCACUUAGCCUUAUUGGUCCCAGUAACCCUGCAAUUUUUCGACGGGUCCCUUUGGAGAAAUACUUCAAGGAAUUUUUUGCUCGGAGACUAAAUGGCAAGUCUUACCUUGAUUUCAUGAGAAUUAAAACCGAGGAAGAAAAUGAAGAUUGUAAAAACAAAACUUGAUUCAUUAACCAAUUAUCAGGAGAAACGUGGAUUGAAAUGUCAACAUAUUUACUUAAGAGUAAACAGACCCAUGACCAAGGUGGUCUCUAGUUCAAAUAUAUCAUAUAGUAUGUUCUUUUUAUCUCUAUAAGCUUAUUAUUGUAGUAUUAUUAUCACAUAUCAAUUAAAUGGCAACGCACUCGUUGUUACUUAUA